AUGAAGGUAAAUGAACUCAUUGGUUCCCUCCAAACCUUUGAGAUGGGUAUGUGUGACAAUGUUGAAAAGAAGAACAAGAGCAUAGCUUUUGUAUCUAACACUGAAGAGGACUCAGAAGAAAGCAAUGGUGGAAGUGAUGAGAAUCUGACCUAUGACUCUAGCAGAAGAUCAAAAACUGAAGAGAAGCCCAACCAAGGCAAAGGGAUUCAGUGUCAUGGAUAUGAAGGCUAUGGAAACAUUAGAGUUGAAUGCCCUACUUACCUCAAGAAGCAAAAGAAAGGGCUAUCUGUCACAUGGUCUGAUGGAGAUUCUGAUAGUGAGUCUGAAGAGGAAUAUACAAAACAUUUUACAGCACUAACCAGUAUCUAUGCAUCUGAUGAUGAUUCCAGUGAAGAUGAGCUGACCUUUGAUGAACUUGCAGCCUCAUACAAAGAGCUGUGUGUCAGGAGUGCUGAAGUAUGUAAACAAGGGGAGAAGCAAAAGAAACUCAUAAAGGAAUUGGAAUCUAAGAAGAAAGAGCAUCUUGCAACCAUAGACUCUCUCAAUUGUGAAAUCAGCAUGUUGAAUUCCAAACUUGAUCAGAUGUCAAAAUCCAUCAGAAUUCUGAACAAUGGUACUGACUCCUUACUUUAUGGUUAUCCCAGUCUGACACUUCAGGUCAGACCUAAGCAGAAUGUUCCUGUUAAGAAACAACAAUGGAUUGCUAAAACUAUUGCCUUAAUAGCCCACACUUCUAUAAGAGUGUCAGCCAAAGAAGACCGGUACUUUGAUAGUGGCUGCUCAAAGCACAUGAAUGGAAUAAAGAACUUAUUAGUAGAUAUCAAACCUCAUUCCACUAGUUAUGUGACCUUUGGUGAUGGAGCUAAAGGAGAGAUCAAAGGGGUUGGAAAACUAGAAUGUCUCGGAGUUCUAAAACUGGAUAAUGUUCUACUUGUAAAAGGACUGGCUGCAAAUCUGAUCAGCAUCAGUCAGCUAUGUAAUCAAGGAUUCAAUGUCAGAUUCACCAAAGAUGAAUGUGUAGUCACAAAUGGAGAAAAUGAGGAAGUCAUGAAGAGAUUCAGAUCCAAAGACAACUGCUACUUGUGGGAGCCUAAAACCUCUAGUUAUUCCACUAUAUGA